AUGUCUACACGAGCCUUAGAACCUCAACGCUCACGGACACGGACAAGAUCAUCAAAAGCGUCAAGAUCGUCGCAAACGAAGUCCAGGCGCUUCGACGUCAGAUGGACAAUGUCAUCGAGGAACAAGCAAAGCUCAGGGGUCAAGUCAGGAAAAUGCAACGGGGAAGUUCGAGAUGUUGCCGGCUACCUGAAGAGGACAAGUGUAAGAAGUCUUCUAAAAAGUCAGCCAGAGAAGAGGAAGCAGGAUCACGAAGAUGCAGAAAAUUUGGAAAACAGGCAUGGGUCAUCGAAACGACAAAGGGUGCCAAAAAGACAAUGGUCGGAAUAA